AUGCCGGCUGGGGCGCGGCGUUCGCUGGCUUCCCCGGCGGUGGUGAACGGCGUGCUUUGCCAGUGCGGCGGGGUCUCCGCGUCCCCUUCCUCCCCUUCGGCCUCGUCCCCCUCCGGCGAGGCCGCGUCCCGGUUCCUGGCCGAGCACGAGCGGCGCCUCUACAGCCUCUUCCUCCAGCUGGACGUUAACCGAGACGGCGCGCUCUGCGUCCACGACCUGGCCGUCGGGCUGGAGCGCCUCGGCCUGCACCGCUCCGAGCGGGACCUCUGGAAAAUCGUAAAAGCUGGAGAUAAGGAUCUGGAUGGCCAGCUGGACUUUGAAGAAUUCGUUCACUACCUGCAGGACCAUGAGAAGAAACUGAGGCUGGUCUUCAAGAGCUUGGACAAGAAGAAUGACGGUCGCAUCGACGCUCAGGAGAUCAUGCAGUCCCUCCGAGAUCUGGGUGUCAAGAUCUCUGAACAGCAGGCAGAGAAAAUCCUCAAGAGAAUAAGGACAGGGCACGUCUGGGGUCCUGUCACUUACAUGGACAAAAACGGGACGAUGACGAUCGACUGGAACGAGUGGAGGGAUUAUCACCUCUUACACCCGGUGGAGAAUAUUCCAGAAAUUAUCCUGUAUUGGAAGCAUUCAACGAUUUUCGACGUGGGGGAGAAUCUCACCGUCCCAGAUGAAUUCACCGUGGAAGAGAGGCAGACGGGGAUGUGGUGGCGCCACCUGGUGGCAGGAGGAGGCGCCGGCGCUGUAUCCAGGACCUGUACUGCCCCCCUGGACCGUCUAAAGGUGCUCAUGCAGGUCCACGCUUCGCGCAGCAACAACAUGUGCAUCGUCGGAGGCUUUUCCCAGAUGAUCCGAGAAGGUGGGCCCAGGUCCCUUUGGCGCGGCAACGGCAUCAACGUCUUGAAGAUCGCUCCGGAAUCGGCUAUCAAAUUCAUGGCUUAUGAGCAGAUCAAACGCUUCAUCGGCACAGACCAACAGGUGUUGAGGAUUCACGAGAGGCUGGUGGCCGGCUCGUUGGCUGGAGCCAUUGCACAGAGCAGCAUUUAUCCCAUGGAGGUUCUGAAAACCCGGAUGGCCCUGCGUAAAACCGGGCAGUACACCGGGAUGCUGGACGGUGCCAAGAACAUCCUGGCCAAAGAAGGACUGGCUGCUUUCUACAAGGGCUACAUUCCCAACAUGCUGGGCAUCAUCCCGUAUGCUGGGAUUGACCUGGCUGUUUACGAGACGUUAAAAAACAGCUGGCUGCAGCAUUACGCCGUGAACAGCGCAGACCCGGGGGUCUUCGUCCUGUUGGCCUGCGGGACCAUCUCAAGCACUUGUGGGCAGUUGGCCAGCUACCCGCUGGCCUUGGUGCGGACACGGAUGCAGGCGCAAGCUUCAAUUGAAGGCGCCCCCCAGGUGACCAUGAGGGGCCUCUUCAAGCACAUCCUGAAGACCGAAGGCGCCUUUGGGCUCUACAGGGGCCUGGCCCCCAACUUCAUGAAGGUGAUCCCCGCCGUCAGCAUCAGCUACGUGGUCUACGAGAACUUGAAGAUGACGCUGGGGGUGCAGUCGCGGUGA